GCGGAGGGGACUGCGGGGUCCUGGCGCGCGCUGCAUUCGCCGUUCCUGCAGCCCCGCCCGCGUCAUGCCAGGCGCUGCUUGGCCUUAGGGUGCAGCCAUUCCGCCUGCCCACGCGCAGCCGCGCCCGGACUGUCCGAGAGCCAGAGGGAUGGUGGUAGUUACGGGGCGGGAGCCAGACAGCCGUCGCCCGGACGGUGCCAUGUCCAGCUCGGACGCCGAAGACGACUUUCUGGAGCCGGCCACCCCGACGGCCACGCAGGCGGAGCACGCGCUGCCCCUGCUGCCUCAGGAGUUUCCUGAGGUUGUCCCUCUUAACAUCGGAGGAGCUCACUUCACCACACGCCUGUCUACCCUGCGACGUUACGAAGAUACCAUGCUGGCAGCUAUGUUCAGCGGGCGACAUUACAUCCCCACUGAUGCUGAGGGUCGCUAUUUCAUUGACCGGGAUGGCACAUAUUUUGGAGAUGUGCUGAAUUUCCUGCGCUCGGGAGACCUGCCUCCCCAGGAUCGUGUGCAGGCUGUGCACAAAGAGGCCCAGUACUAUACCAUUGGGCCCCUCCUGGAGCAGUUGGAGAACAUGCAGCCACUGAAAGGGGAGAAAGUGCGCCAGGCAUUUCUGGAACUCAUGCCCUAUUACAAAGACCAUUUGGAGCGGAUUGUGGAGAUUGCCCAGCUUCGCGCGGUACAGCGGAAGGCCCGCUUUGCCAAGCUCAAGGUCUGUGUCUUCAAGGAAGAGAUGCCUAUCACCCCCUAUGAGUGUACCUUUCUCAACACCCAGCGCUUCGAAAGGAGUGAGAGUGACGGGCAGAUCUUUCAGCACCACUGCGAAGUGGAUGUGUCAUUUGGGCCCUGGGAGGCGGUGGCUGAUGUGUACGACCUCCUGCACUGCCUGGUCACGGACCUCUCAGCCCAGGGUCUCACCGUGGAUCAUCAGUGCAUUGGGGUAUGUGACAAGCACCUCAUCAGUCACUACUACUGCAAGCGCCCCAUCUAUGAAUUCAAGAUCACAUGGUGGUGAGUAGCCCUGUUAGGGAACAGAAUUCCAUCAGGGAGGGAGUCCAUUCCCCCUUGAUGGCUCUGGGAGGAAAAAUUCUCUGACAGGGUUAUUGAACCUACUGAGUCCUGAGGCAAAGCUCGACUGACCGGGAAAGUGAUCCAGCUUCAGUUUUCCCCGACUGCACAUCAGCAGCAGACUUGGCACCCACAGAGUCUUGGGGCCUGUACUCACCUGGUCUUUCCUCAAGGCAUUGGUAGGUAGCCUUUGCCUGGGGCUGAGGUGGUCUGGCUAGCUAGGGCUGGACCAGGAAGUCCAGAGAGGUUUGCCAUUUUCUUGACCAUGCAACCUUUUAAGAAUUGCAUUACCCCACACACACACAGUAAAGAGGCAUAAUUGCUUUUCUAACCUAUAUAUGUAUUUCUUCCUAUGCCCAGGGCAUAGGGUAGAAGGUACGAGGGUAUUCACUAAAUAAUUACUCAGAACUCCUGCUGAAGAAAGAGCACCUUCUUUCCUAAUGUACUCUUACCCCAAGAAUAGUCAUGUGCUUUGUCUUAGAAUGUGGAAAGUCUUGCUUUUCCUCUCAAAAUAUAUUUUUCACCACAAUUUGGAGAUGUAACCAUAGUUGCCAAAACCAUGCACCAGGAUGGCCUUAGAAAAAGCACAAUGUUUACAGCCCUGCCUUGGGCCUUGGGUCCUACCUUUUCACCAACUCUCUUUGCUUUUCUUUCAAAGCUGAAAUUCAGAUUUCAGAAGCUUCUUAUAUUUGCUUUCUUUGUUUGUUUGUGUUUUUUUUUUUGUUACUUUUUGGCCUUCCCAGUGGUGCUGGGGGCUUCAUCCCAGGUGUUUGGGAAGUUAUGUGGUUCCAAGGAUUAACCUUGGGCCCUGUGUAGCCCCUUUGAGCUAUCUCCUUGCUUCAGAGGCUCCUCUUGAAGAUACCCAGAAGCAUACCUCCAUGG